AUGGUUAGAUCAAAUUCAAGGUCCCACUCUUCAAGAUCAAAAUCUCGGUCACCAUCAUCUUCUCGAUCAAGGUCACAUUCCAGAAAGAAAAGAUACAGUUCCAGAUCUCGGUCAAGAACAUACUCCCGAUCACGGAGCAGAGAAAGGGUUUACAACAGAGAUUACAACAGAGAUUACAACAGAGAUUUUCGUAGAGAUUACAGAAAUAAUAGAGGAAUGAGACGCCCUUAUGGCUUCAGGGGAAGGGUGAGAGGUUAUUACCAAGGAGGUGGUGGCAGAUAUCAUCGUGGUGGUUACAGGCCAACAUGGAACCGUAGGUACUCUCGGAGUCCUAGGCGUGGCCGGAUCCCGUUCCAGAAGUCCAAAGAGAAGAUCUGCAUCAUCCCAAAGAUCUAGAAGCCGAUCUCAAAGAUCUUACAAAUCCUCGCCAUCACCAAGGUCAUCAACUUCCCGUUCUUCUUCCCGUUAUAGCAAGUCGCCAGUGACGAAAUCUCGUACUUCUCAAGAGAAAACAAGACAAAAAAGUGAAGGGGCUGAUAAAUCGGAAAGUCCUCCAAAUGACAAAUCGGGUGAUGAGCAUAAAGAUGCAUUUGACCCCUCCGAACCAAUAGAUGAACUUGGCAAAAUUGAUUUGCAUGGGGAGAGCUGGGCAGGCCUGUCUGCAUAUGAUAACAGUCCAAGGUCUCCUAGCAGUCCAUCCCAAGUUGCCUCACCACCCAGUCAGAGCUCUUCCCAGUCUGAUUGUCCAAUCUUAAGUGUGGUCCACUCGGGUAAGGAUACCUUGUCUCAGAAUUCACAUUCCAUUGCCCACAGCCCUGAAAGAUCAGUCUCAGGAUCUGCUGGCAAUAGUUCAACACGCUACAGCCCUUCCCAGAACAGCCCACUUAACAUCCCUUCUGAAAAGAGUCCUGCAAAGACUGUUCUACCACAGCAGCCUUUACGGGAUGAGGGUCAAUCUCACUACUCUGUGUAUACUGAUGAAGGAGAACCAGAGAAUUUUAAAGGCACAAAGAUUCCUAAAAGGUAUACUGAUGAAGAACAAAGGCUAUUUCCUAUUGAGCGAGUUAAUGUUAGAGAGAGAGACAGCCAAAAGGAAAGGGUAUUGGAUAAGUCUAAAACAGAAACAACCAGAAGUUGGGGCAGUUCUGAUGCUUUAGACUAUAUCUUUGAAAAGGAGCCUGUUAAAACACAAUUCUUAACUUCUGAAAAUGAAGAGGAAGUGGAGGAUUAUAGACAGUUUAGGAAGGCUGUUCUGGCCGAUCAAGGGAAGGGUAUUUCCUCUGCAUCCCAUUGGAUUUCUGAGGAGGAAGGGACAAAGUUUAAGUCCAAGACUCAGACAAAAGUGGCUAAAGAAGGGGAAAAGAGUAGGGAAAGUAAGGGGCACAAAGUGUCCUCUAAAGACAGACAUAAAGAUGAUGAUCGAGAUAAUGAUAAGCCUUUGGGUAAAAAAGAUUCCAAGUCACCUGAUCCAGUCAUAUCUGAAAAGGUAAAAGAUCCAUUUAGUUACAAUCUUCCAUUAAAGCAAAGUGAUGAAGUGAAAGAAAAUAUAUUAUUUAGGGAGGAAAGCCCGCUUAGGCUUAAGAUGGUAACCUCCGAGUCUCACCGCCCAGAGGUCAAGCUUCGGAUAACAGCUGUACCACUUGAUGAUGCCAGGCCAUCAACACUGGCUAAUGAUCGCCUGCUAGCCAGUACUCUUGUGCAUUCAGUCAAGAGACAGAAAGAUUUCAGAUCCAUCUUUGACCAUAUGAAGGUGCCCUUCUCCAGCAAAACAUCUCCUGAAUCAUUUAUCUACCAUGUUGUGGCUUUAGUUCAGUUCGUCAAAGAGCAUUAUUUCAAAGGUGAAGGAAAGACCCUCAAUGAGAGAUUUGCAGAGUAUCAGACAGGCACAGAGGAGCGCGUAGGCCGUCCAAAAAGUCCCGAGAUACAUAGGAAGAUAGCUUUGUCUCCUAAGGUCCAGAGAAGACAGAUUUGUGUUCAGAAUGAAGAUCAAACCUUGGUUGUAAAGGAAGAGCAUGUAAAGGUAGAAAAAAAGCUAAAGAGACAUGACAACUCAGCUGAUGUAAGGAGUGACCGCAGGAAGGAGCACAGUAAAGAUCGAGGGGAAUCGAAAUGCUCCAGGGAAUCAAGUGAUUCUCGCAAGCGAGAAAAGGUGCAGAAAGACCUAAAAGAAUCUAAGAUCUUCAAGGAAGAGAGCAAAAAGAGAAAAGAGAAUGAGCCCUCUCUUUCUCUAUCAGAUGAUGAGAAGGACAGUAAGAAGGAAAGCAGGGAUGAAGAGUUUAAAGGUCCCUUGGAGCCCAAAGAAUAUGCAGGUUUUCAAGGAAUCAGCAGGCCCAGAGGAACAUUUCAGUUUCGAAUUAGAGGCAGAGGUCGUGCACGUGGGGUGUUUGCUGGGACAACUGCUGCUCCUGUGAAUACAACGCCAAAUUUCCAAAAGCGUCCUAAAGAGGAGGAGUGGGAUCCAGAAUAUACCCCUAAAAGCAAGAAGUACUUCCUGCAUGAUGACAGAGAUGAUGGAGUGGAUUACUGGGCAAGGAGAGCAAGGGGUCGUGGCAACUUCCAACGUGGAAGGGGACGAUUUCCCUUCAAAAAGUCUGGAAGCAGUCCAAAAUGGACCCAUGACAAAUACCAAGGGGAUGGUCUUAUAGAAGAUGAAGAUGAAGUGUUGGAAGACAGGCGUAAGGAGGAGAAGGUG